AAUUUUUGGCCGACUUUUGGAGUAUUGGCUAAAUGUUAUUUGAUAUCGAAAAGCAGAAAGGAAAGAAAACAGCUUUGAAAAUGAAUUUCAAGAAUCGCAAUCCAAACCAGAAAAAUCAAGAUUUACGUAUAGUUGGAGCCAUUUCCAUUGACUUGAGCCAUCUGAAUGGUAUUUCAACUGGAACAACCAAUAAAGAAAGGAACGACAAGAACCGGUGUCAGGUUGCCAUUGCAAUUCUCAAGGAGUUUUGUUCGAAUUCAACGGUGCAUGGGAUUCGGUAUUUUACAGAACCGAAACGUCACUGGAUUGAAAGGUUGACUUUUUCCAUAUUCUUUUAUUUCACUAUCAAAUCUAGGUCAUUCAAGGCUAUUGGUAAUUGCUGUUUACUUGUUUACUAGCUCCGUACACAUGCAUCAUACCAUGUCUAGCUACUCGUUUAAAGCCAAUACGACUUCAGUA